ACAAGACUCUCUUCUCCCUCUAUUUCCUUUUUUUUCCCAACCAUUUUCCCUCCUUUGCUUCUUCCCCACAGAAGCAGCAGUGUGAGUGAUAUUCAUGCCCCAAACUAUCAUUCUUUGAUGUUUCUCUAGUUUAUCAUUUCAUUUCCUUUUUCCCAACAAAUUGAAGAAGAAGAAGGCGGAUGUUACAGUAAUGGAUUCAACUGCAAUCUUCUCUAAAAUCUUUCUCAUGUUUUGCCUCUUUCUCUUUCCAGGUCCAAGUGAUACAAGGAAGAUUAAUAUUUACAGCAACAAAAAGGACAUUACAACUCCUAUAGCUACAAUACCAAUCAUGAUUCCGACCACCACUCCUAUUUCAUCAACUCCGGUCUUGAACCCUACUUCAAACCCAGAUUCCGCAACAUCUCCGAUGACAAUGUCACCGAUGACGGCGGUUCCGGUGACAACAACAACGAGGGGCGGUGGCAGCUGGUGCGUGGCCAGCCAAAGUGCAUCACAAAGUGCAUUGCAAGUAGGUCUAGACUACGCGUGUGGGUACGGCGGUGCAGACUGUGCGGCGAUCCAGCCGGGUGGAGGGUGUUACAAUCCGAACACGAUACACGCGCAUGCUUCAUAUGCGUUUAAUAGCUACUUCGGGAAGAACCCGGUUCCUAGUAGCUGUAACUUUGGAGGCGCUGCCGUUACCACCAGCAUUGAUCCAAGUAAGUUUAAUACUCCAUUCAAUGUUUUGCAUUUAUUACAUCUAGCUCCCCCCGUAAACCCGGUUCAUAUUUAA